AUGGAUACCUCCAGACGCGCUCCUCAAGCUCGUCGAUUAUCUGUGCCUGCCCUUCAUAAUUUUCGAUUCAACCAAAGGGCGAGGCCCAACACACUCAGGAGGAGGAGGCAGCCAAUAUCUCGUGCAGCUCUCAAGUCCCUUGCUCCUCUAAAUCUUGAUAUCCCAGAGUCCUCAGUUACCGGCCCACCGCUCCAUGCGGAUCCAACACCACCUCCUUCCUUGUACUUGGCGGUCCUCUCUCAUCUCGCUGACCUCGAAGCUCGGCUCAGCACUUCGUCUUCCGCUCUUCAACUAUUACACCAACUCCGCGACGAAGUAGCUGCUUACUUCCCAAGCCUAAAUGAGGAAACCCCUAACGAUGACACUCAAGAAUACGACUUUGAGUACGAUUUCGGUAUUCGAAAUGCACUUGAUUUCGACUUUGGCUCGGCGUUGGACUUGGAUAUCGAUUUCGACUGGCGUUCCCGUUACGCGCACCUGAGUGCCGAACUCUCCACUCUUUCGCUCGAUGAGGCCAAAAAUAAAUUAUACACACUUUCAACCCAGAGCUACGACGAUGCCAAGUCCAAAUUCGACUCAUUCAAAGACCGAUUUGUUGGAGAGGUUCGACGCUGGGCAGAUGGUGCUCUCCCGAACAUUCCGACGCUUCCGAAUAUCCCUGACAUGCAUAUGCCGAAUAUCUCCGUACUUCCCAUGGCUAUACCCGAUUUGCAUGCUCGUUUGGACGAAUUAAGGGCGGCUCUUCCAGCCGAUUUGUCCUCUGCGACGGAUAAACUCGUUUCGUUCGUUGAGAGCCUGAUCGAGGACGAUGCAGAUGGAGAUGUCAACUGGGUAGAUACCAGGUGGAAGGGCUUGAACAUUCACCCCCGUGGCCAUGAGAUUGAGGAAGACAUCGCUUUAGAAGGGAAGGGGAAGGAGCGAGGGGACAAAGUGGACCUACAUGCGCUGGCGCUCGAGAAGUCUCAAGGAGGCAAGAGGCUAAUUCGGUACCGCGAUUUGCCCGAGCAGUGGAGGAACAAUGAAUUCGUAUGGGAAGGCUACCGCUUUAUCCCAGGCGCAAGGUGGACCACAUUGGUGUUUAGUAUGUUUCAGCUACACAACGAAACAGUUAAUAUUCAGACACACUUCGUACCUUUGCUGGCUAUUCUUUCCGUCAUACCCGUCCCGUGGACAUCACUGUUUACCCAGCACUCAAUCUUGUCAGGAUUUCCCACCAUUUCCCAGUUCGAUAUAUCCUCCUUUGGUUUUACACCAUUUCCGACUUCGCCAGCCGAUCCUCUUCCUAAAUUCCUUUUCUUGUUAGCGGCUGGUGCUUGCCUUACAUGCUCGACUAUCUGGCACACUCUUGCUGGUUGCUCCGACUUUUGGCUCCUCGAGGCUGGCGCACGAAUUGACUACGUUGGAAUUGGAUGGCUUAUUAGUGCCAGUGUGAGUGGAGUCAUGUACUACGGGUACGAUAAGCAUUUGUCACAGCCAUGGAAUGAUGGACUGACACGAGAAAAAUAG